AUGUCCAAGCAAAACAUCGUUGUCGUUGGUGGUGGCGCUGCAGGUACAGCAAUCACUAUAUUGCAAAGUGGUCAUAAUUCUUCCGAUUAUAAUCUCAUUCUAAUCACCCUUCGCGAAGUGUUCGUGCAUCUGCCCGCAGCUAUCCGCAUGCUCACCUACUCCGAGGAUGCCCUCGAAAAUAAAGCACUUGUACCCUACGACUCCCUUUUCUCUAAAGGAAUCGGUUCAGUCAAAAUUGGUAAAGUGGUCGGCAUUGAAGAGAGCUCCACCGGUUCCGGUGGCAACGUCCUACUCGAGGGCGGCGAGAAAGUGGCAUAUAGAUAUCUUGUCUUAGCUACUGGAAGUGUUUGGGAGGGUCCCCUUGCGGCAGUCAACGGUCAGAAGCAGGACCUCUUGUCUUCGGUAGAGAGCUGGAGAGAGAAAAUUAAGAAAUCGAAGAAAGGAAUCGCAAUUAUUGGUGCUGGAGCUGUUGGACUAGAAUUCGCGGGAGAAAUACUUGACGCCUAUCCGGACAAGAAGGUCACAAUCGUUAAUGCUACCCCUCUGCCACUCAACGACACAUAUCCGGAGAAAUUCAGAAAGGAUGUUCUCAAGAGAUGGCAUAAACGCGGCGUUAGAUUCCUACUUGAAGACCGCAUUGAUGACGUACCAGAGGGUGAAUUUAGCUCAGUAGCAACGAAGAAUGGACAAACAUUCGAAGCAGAUGUAGUUCUUGCCACACGUGGACCAAGGCCCAAUACUGCCUACCUCGAGUCUUUGGGCGUCCUUGAUGAUCGAGGCUGCGUGAAAGUCGACUCUACUCUCCAAUUGACUGGUCAUCCGAACAUCUUUGCCGCCGGCGAUAUAAUCUCUUUCAAAGAACAGAAGCAGGCGGCAAAGACUGCAGGGCACGUAGGAGUGAUCAUCCCCAAUAUUCUCAGCCUCGUCUCUGGAAAGGAUGCAAAGAAGACGUAUGGAGGUUCAAUGGAAGGCAUAUUCGUCACAAACGGCAAGAAUCAGGGUGCAGGCUUUGCAGAUGCGCUCUGGGGACUGACGUUUGGCGACAGGGUAGUUCCUAUGGUUAAGGGAAAGGGUCUGUUUGUGGCCCAAACAAGGGCUGCAUUGGGUUUGGUGGAUGCCAAGUGAUGCAAUCCUUUACUUGUAUGUCGCUUGGUAUUCCUCGCUUCACAUGUUACCGCAAACUCUCUUAGAUAUACCCUGUAGUCACGCUUGGGACUUGUUGAUAACUCCGAGGCGAUGUUGUGCGAUUGUGAUAGUUGUGGUCAGC